UAUGUGUUGGGGAGUAUGGGAUGUGUUGCCCGGGAAAAUCCAGACUGACAAGUUGGAGUCUAGGUUUGGGCAGUAUCGCAGUAUGGCUGGUUCUCAGUAUCACAUUUCCGUACGACAAAUGUUUGGGACAGAAAAUAAGCUGCGCUUAUCCAAACAACUGAGACUGUCUUCUCAUCACAAAGGUGAUAUAAGUAUCACCUUUUUUGAUGAUAAAGAAGUCAGUUCAUCUGAAAUGGAACCAAUUGAUGACCACUUUUUAGACAUCAAUGUCAAUGACUCUGAUAUUUUUAGAGUGGAAGCAUCAAUGCCUGUCAUAGUACAUUUAGCGGGCUAUUGUGCUUAAGCAGCACUAAAGCAUACUACUUGUACUAUGUGCAGGGAUCUAUGUCAGGAGAAAAAGAAAUGGAUUGUGUAACUGAAUUCAACCUAAUCAAAAUUUGUGAUCGAGAUGGGUUACUAUAUCCGACAGAGUUUGUGAUAAAUGCAG